ACUGAGAAAAAAUAUUUCACUUUUGUCUCCCCCUUUCAUCAAAAUUUUAUUGCAAUAAAUAAUAAAAAUUAUUAAUCAAUUUACAAACUAACAAAAUUUUUAGUGACAUACAAUAAUGGGCACAAACUUUAAUUAUAUACCAUGCGCUCUUCAAGAUGAACUCCGAACCAUAGCCAAUGCUAUAGUAGCCCCCGGCAAAGGAAUAUUGGCGGUCGAUGAAUCGCCUGGUUCAAUGGCUAAAAAAUUUUCACCGUAUAACUUACCAAACACCGAGGAGAAUCGACGUAUAUAUCGACAACUUUUGUUUACAACCGAAAAUCUACAGGAACACAUAUCGGGUGCUAUUUUACAUAACGAAACUCUUUACCAGAAAACAGACGACGGAAAGACAUUUGGGGAUCUGCUACGGCAUCGUGGUAUAAUAGUUGGUAUUAAAGUAGAUAAGGGAAUUGUCCCGCUGCCUGGAUCGCUGGAUGAGAGCACUACCGAGGGUCUGGACGAUCUCUAUUGCCGUUGUGGUAAAUAUAAGCGCGAUGGUUGUGAUUUUGCUAAGUGGCGUUGCGUUUUGAAAAUUGGCAAGCAUAUACCCACCUACCAAGCUAUAAUGGAGAACACGAACGUACUCGCACGUUAUGCCUCCAUUUGUCAGUCGCAGGGCAUUGUUCCGAUUGUGGAACCGGAUGUAUUAGUUGAUGGUGAACACGAUAUCAUGAGAGCACAAAAAGUGACGGAAACUGUGUUGGCUGCCCAGUAUAAAGCAUUGAAUGAUCAUCAUGUAUACUUGGAGGGCACGCUUUUGAAACCGAAUAUGAUUACACCCGGACAGAAAUGCUCACGCAGAAACUCGCCCGAAGAAAUAGCCUAUAUAACAGUACAGAGUUUUUUGAGAACAGUACCAGCGGCUGUACCAGGUAUUGUAUUUCUUUCGGGUGGUCAAUCGGAGGAAGAGGCCUCUGUGCAUUUAAAUGCAAUAAACAAUGUAAACUUAAAGCAUCCUUGGGAACUCUCAUUUUCGUAUGGACGUGCACUGCAAGCAUCAGUACUGGAAGCUUGGGCUGGAAAAAAUGAAAACAUUGCACGAGCACAAAAUGAACUUCAAAAACGAGCUAAGGCAAAUGGACUAGCCCGCUAUGGCAAAUACGUCGCUGGCUCUAUACCACCAUUCAAAGCUGAUCAAAGUUUGUUUGUGGAGGAUCAUAAAUACUGAGAAAUAAAGGACAACCUAUACGUAUACACAUGUUUAGAUAAUA